AUGGACAUCAACAGCCUCCCAGACGAUUACUUCCUGACCGCUGGUGCAUUCACCAAGAAACUCUAUCGUGACCAGUACCCAGCAAUUGAUCCUACCUUGCCAUCCCUGUCGCAGCAGGGAAAGGUGGUUGUGAUUACAGGUGCGAGUUCAGGCCUAGGCGCUCAUGGAUUUCCCAUCUCAUUUGCCAAAGCUGGAGCGAAAUCUAUCUGGCUCGUCGCCCGAGAUAAGGGUGGUCUGGAGGCGACCAAACAGCGUGUUCUGGCGGUGAAUCCCUCCGUAAAGGUUCAAAUAGAGUCCCUCGACGUCACCAAUGAAGCCGGUGUUGCGCGACUAUUCGACAAGAUUGAGGCGGAAGAUGAAAAGGCCGAUGUCUUGAUCAACAAUGCGGGCCUCUCUCGGGGUGGGCCGAUCACCUCUGCUGGUAUAGAAGGUAUCUGGCAGGAAUUUGAGGUAAUGGUUAAGGGAACCUUCAUAACAACCCAAUACUUCACCAAACUAUUGGGACACAUGGCAAGGGGCCAUAUUAUCAACAUCUCGAGCAUUACUGCCGUACUUGCAAUGCCCGGAACUGAUAGUUAUGCUCUGGCAAAGAUGGUUCAAUCGGCAAUGCAGCGCUAUAUUGCGGGUCUGAAUCCGAAUAUCGUUGCGACGAGUCUUCAUCCAGGGACUGUCUUGACUGGUAUCGUGCCGGAAUUCUUUCUGAGAUUUUCAAAGGACUCGUUCGAGCUUGCUGCGGGAACUGCUUUGUGGCUUGCAAGUGAAGGGGCGCAAUUCAUGAAUGGGCGGUAUAUGUCUGCGAAUUGGUCCGUGGAGGAAAUGGUCGAGCGUCGGGAGGAAAUUGUGGAACAUGACUUGCUUAAGUUUGGCUUGAAGGUUGCGCCCUAUGCUGUUUAG